AUGCCCUGCUCUAUCUCAAAGAAGCACGCAGCCGAGAGCCAACAGGUAAGACACCUGAUAGUACCGCCCCCCAAUGAAUAUCUGGGAGGGAGAAGGGCAAUUAAUCUUGAAUCCUGA